AUGGGCAUCCUGGGUAUAGGCGUUGAUAUCCUCCAUGUGCCUCGUCUCGUUUCCCUCAUCGAGCGCAGGACGGAUAAGCGUGUUGCGGCCCGCAUCUUGAGCAACCAAGAGUUCGCCGUAUGGGAGACCUUGCCAUCAUCCGACCACGUUCGGCGAACUCGUUUUCUCGCAGUUCGAUGGUGCAUCAAGGAGGCCGCAUACAAAGCCAUUUAUCCUCUCGCUAGGCCGACGUGGAAAGACCUGACUUUCCACGGCUUGCAGGCUGGCAAGAACGACACAAAACCCACUUUAGAGUAUCGAUUUACCAGCUCUUCUCCAGCCUUAGGGAAGAUACACGUCUCCGUCAGUCACGAUGGAGAUUAUGUAUUUACCGCGGUCCUUGUCGAAGAUCCACCAACACAUGCAACAUCUGCCCAGUUCUGCCAUCAUACAAGAUGA